UUCCUUUCCGCGCGGACAGACAGACGCCUGUGCGGCUCCUCGUGGGCCUUUGUGGCGCGAUCGACCCGGGUUAAGAGGGUGAGCUGGCCUCAGUGGGCGUGAUGGAGGACGCGGAGAGCGGCCUUCGGAAGAAGAACAGGGAGCCCGCCAAGAUCGGAGAGGUCUCUGAUGGUGAUCUUGGCUUCUGCGGAUGGAUCCUGGUGAUUGUUUCCUUCCUCCUGGUCUUGGCCACGUUCCCUUUGUCCAUCUGGCUCUGCAUCAAGAUUGUCAAAGAAUAUGAACGAGCCAUCAUUUUCAGACUGGGACGCAUCCUGAAAGGAGGGGCAAAGGGGCCAGGCCUGUUCUUCGUCCUGCCUUGCACAGACAGCUUCAUCAACGUGGACAUGCGGACCAUUUCCUUCGAUAUCCCGCCUCAGGAAAUCCUGACCAAGGACUCUGUGACUGUCAACGUGGAUGGCGUGGUCUACUACCGGGUGCAGAACGCCACCCUGGCCGUGGCCAACAUCACCAAUGCCGACUCGGCCACCCGACUCCUGGCCCAGACCACACUCCGGAACGUCCUGGGCACCAAGAACCUCUCGCAGAUCCUUUCUGACCGAGAAGAGAUUGCGCACAGCAUGCAGGCCACGUUGGAUGAGGCCACGGACGACUGGGGGAUCAAAGUGGAGCGGGUGGAGAUCAAGGACGUGAAGCUGCCAGUCCAGCUGCAGAGAGCCAUGGCCGCCGAAGCCGAAGCCGCACGCGAAGCCAGGGCCAAGGUGAUUGCUGCGGAGGGGGAGAUGAACGCCUCCCGGGCGCUGAAGGAGGCCUCGAUGGUGAUCACGGAGUCCCCGGCCGCGCUCCAGCUGCGCUACCUCCAGACCCUGACCACCAUCGCCGCCGAGAAGAACUCCACCAUCGUCUUCCCGCUCCCCAUCGACCUCCUCCAAGGCAUCGUCAGUGGGAUGAAGCGCUAGCCGGAGAAAAGGAGAGAAAGAGAGAGAGAGAGGUGGCCAUGCGUCAGGCCAAAUGGAUGAGAAGGAAAAGAGAGAGGAAGGGGUUGCAGCACCGAACCCAAAACACUUUUCGUUUGGGGUGCCUUAUGGGAAA